AUAAAAUUAAAAACUGAAAUUUCAUAAGCAUCGCGUUCUUACUUAGGGCUUUCAUGAACACGUGGGAGAAAUUUCAAAUGAUUCGAUGCACCCAGUUUGGAGAAGACGCUUAUACAUCUAAAAUGAUCCUUUCAUAUCACCUGGGUAAUCACUCUGUUAUCAUCCCUAUAUCAAGACUUCAAUCCCCGAGCUUGAAUCUCGAUAUCUCGAUUCAUGUAGAGAUCAAUUAUCGGUUAUCAAUUAAAUUGACAAGAAGAGGCCCGGUCGGAGUUGUUCCUCCGAUUUGGCAAAGAAGCUCGUAGACGAAGAUGUCGAUAGCGGGUGCCUAUUUUGGCAUGCUGCCUGCCUUUAUUUAUAACUAAUUAAAGCUUGACUCAGUACCGAGUGUCCAUCCCUGGUAGUACGAGGUGUAUGCUAAGGCAAUCGCCAGUUUGGCCGCGAGUUAGGAAUCCCGAAAACUUAACAGUACGAAAUCCCGCGAUCGGUCCUCCGAGUUAAUUUUCCGAAAAAAUAAAUGGAAAAGCAAUUGACUCGCCGGUAAUUUUUUUUCAAUUUUGGGAUCGACCAGGAAGAAUCUUCAGGGACACGUGACUAUAAUUGCACGAUAGGACGAUCGAAGGCCUUUUGGCAAAUAUCGUCGAGUUGAUCGGCGGUUUUGGGAGCGCACUUAGUCUCUCCCUGACAUACGGAGCAUGUAAAACUCGACAUGACGACUUGGACGCAAUUAAACGUCGAGCAUGCCACCAGUGCUAUAUCGAGGGAAGAUCUUCAUGGCAGUGUCAGAAAUCGAAAAACCACGACUAUAGAGAAGCUUCCUGAUAAGGUGAUUUUGAACAUCUUCAGUUAUCUGCCCCACCGAGAAAUCUGCAGAUUGGCGCGAGUCUGCAAAAGAUGGCGGCAAAUAGCUUACGACACUCGUUUGUGGAAACACGUGUCAUUGAGACCAGAAAUCAGUGGCCUUCACGUAGGAUCCCUGGAAAAUCUCCUCCAGCUGAUAAGUGUUCGAUUUGGACCUUCCCUGAGGUACAUCGAAUUGCCUAUCGAGUUGAUAACUCACACGGUGCUUCACGAAUUGGCGAAUAAAUGUCCGAAUCUCACGCACAUGCUCCUCGAUUUUUCCACCGCGAUGCAGUUGCACGAUUUCUCGGAGAUGCAGGCAUUUCCGACCAAACUUAAGUACAUGUGCAUCUGCCUGUCCGAGGUGAUCUUCAUGGAGGGCUUCAUGAGGAAGAUCUACAACUUCAUCAACGGCUUGGAGAUCCUCCACCUGAUAGGUACUUAUGAGAAGGUCGAGGAGGAAGAGGAGGAGAUCUAUGAAGUGAUAAACGUUCACAAGCUGAAGUCGGCCACUCCGAAUCUCCGGGUUAUUAAUUUGUAUGGUAUUAAUUUCGUCGACGACUCGCAUAUAGAUGCGUUCUCAUCGAAUUGCAUCCAGCUGGAGUGCCUGGCAGUCAAUUUCUGUGCUAAAGUGACCGGAUCGACCAUGAAGACCCUUUUCCAGCGCAGCAGGAGAUUGACGUGUCUGUUGAUGCAGGGAACCAGUCUGCAAAGUGAGUACGUGAUGCAAGUCGAGUGGGAGAAAUCCAGCAUCCUGGAGCUGGACGUGACCGCGACGGAUCUCUCGACGGAGUGCCUCAUCGACAUGUUGACCAGGAUCCCUGGACUGCGAUUUCUCAGCGCCGGCCAAUUGAACGGCUUCAACGACAGCGUGCUCAAGGCUUGGAUGGAAUCUGGAAACCCGAGGAAUCUGAUAGCCCUAGACCUGGACAGCUCCGACAAUCUGAGCGACGACGCCCUGCACAAGUUCCUCUCGAGACACGGGCACCAGCUUUGGGGCAUCGCCUUAUCAGGGAUGCCGCAUAUCACGGAUCAGCUCUGGCAAAGUGUCCUGCCGAUCCUGACCAAUGCAAAAAUUGUUGUUAUGGGAACUCAAGAACGUUUGGGAGUAAAUAUCCACGUGGACCAACUUAUGGACGGCAUCGCGAAUAAUUGUCCUAAUUUGGAGCGAUUGGAAUUGAGAUGGGAUCCAGAGAAUCUUCGAUUUUCGGACAAGAGUCAAAAGGCUAUUGACAUUUUGCGGGUGAAGUGCAUCAAGCUGAGAUGUCUGGUCCUGAGCGAUGGCAGGUAUUACGAGAUUGUCAAGGCAAAUUUUGAGCGAGCUGACAGAACGACAGUGGUGAGGACCACGACGUGUUCGAGGGUGACCAAUUAUUACCUCCUGCAGAAUUAUAAAGACCUGAUUUUUAAUUAAGGAUGUCUGCAAAGACGCCAUGACAGUCGAGGUCGAGUCAGACAAUAUGUAAGGAAAAGUGCCAAAAUAAAGGCGAACGUUGUUGGAGAGAGCAGAAUUUCUAACCGUCGCUGGGUGCGACUAACAAUGCCGGAAAGUGGAGCGUUUUAACGAUUGUUUAUAAGGUUUAUAUAAUUGUUCACCCUGAGGAAGGAUCAGACGAUCAGCGUGAACCCUAAAGUACAAAACCAACUAGUUUGCUUUACUCGAAUAUAAUGUAAUUAAGAAGUUGUUUAAAAGUGCCAUAAUAAGCAUACAUACGUACAUAACAUACGAGAAAUAUAUUUUUCCAUGCAACUAACAGUUUUCCGACUCGUGGGAAAGAAGUCCACCUUCUUUUUCACUUAUGCGAGCUACCGAUGUUAUUUAUUAAUAUCAUCCAAGUGACAUUCCUUACUUCAUGAGACGCUCGUACGACUGCCUAUUGUAAAAGUUGACGAAAAGCGGAGAAAAGAAUAAAUCAUUGUUAUUUAAUAUGAUUCCCUGUAAAGUGUAAAGAUAUUAAUAAAACGUAACACGUAUAUAAUGUCCACGAGUAUCGCCUGUGACUGUUUCGGGUUAAUUAGGCGUAUUAAAUAUCCGUUAUUUGUAAAAUUAGUAAAGAAUUAUUGUCAUUCAUAUUUUAGCAUAUUUUAGACUUUUCACCAGAUAGCCGAUAACCGAGCUCAGAGCCUAGAUAACUGAGAAGCGAUCGUUUUAGUUAAUUUCCCAAUUGUAGGAUGGCGCCACCGCUUUCGAAUCUCACCGCGACGAGGCUCUAAAUCCGGACAGUAAAAUGGUAAAUGAAUUUCUUAACUCCCUACAUUAUUAACAGAGUGGAAACUCAAAUUAUAGAAUUAUUGAAAUAUUUAUAAAAACGAUUCAACAACCAACUGCUUGAAAAUAAUUUUAAGGAGAACGUGGAACCUCGUGAUAACAUUUUU